AUGAUAUCGGUAAGAUUCUAUGGAACUACAGCAUAUCUUAUAGACAAAAGUCUUAUACCAAUAGUUUUGUUAUGGUUAGACCCAGUUGUUGGAUAUAACUUCAUAACAUAUGGUUUAUUCGACUCAGAACGUUGCAGUGAAGGCUUACUUUACAUCGUUCAGAAACCGAAGGACUUCAAUACAAAGAGAUAUAAGAUAGGAAGAACAUAUAAUAUAACUCAAAGAUAUGACAGUACAGUCAAUAGAGUCAAGGUUGUGUUCGUUAACGAUAUGAGAGCUGCUGAAACAGAACUACUUGAAAAGUUUGAGAAAAUGUAUGGUGCUCCCACGAAAGGUAAAGAAACGUUUGAAGUAGAUGAGAUAGAUAAAGCUAUAAAAUUAUUUGACGAAGUUGCUGAAAAAUACAUGUAA